AUGAAUCCCGCCAUGCACGCGUGGGAGUGCCGUGAUCAGACGGAUCAGGCCGAGCUUUUCUACAACCAGCCCCUCCGCAUCAAGAACAAACGUCUGGAAGAUGAGAACAUGGCCCUGAAGCGACUGCUCCGCGAGAAUGGCAUUCCGUGGCAGAUGCAGCCCAAGUCUGCCUCUCCCCCGAACCCAUUCGCCCGUGUCACCCGCUCUUCCAAGGUCCAGCGCCAAAAUCUCCCUCAUCUUCCUGUUGAGCUGCAGCUGAGAGUGCUCUCGUACGCUGUCACCAGCCCGCACCCCAUCGUUGACCCUCUCUGCAAGGUCAAGCCGGAACGUCUGCUCCUUCAGGAGAAGGCUCAGCCUCACUACAUCGCCAUUCACUUUUUGGCCACCUGCAAAGCCUACCGGGUCGAAGGCACCAAGUUCCUGUGGACCAACAAUACUUUCGUCUUCACGUCUCCCGAGGCACUCCGAAACUUUGCAGAGCUCAACGCUGUCUACCGCAUGAAGGUGCAGCAGGUGACCUUCCGCCUCAUUGCCAAGUUCUACGAUGACGAGAACCGCAACCAUCGAAUUCCGCGCGCCCACCAUCCCGAUCUCACACAUGCAGUCAAGCUGACGGUGCACAAGCGGCCCAAGGAGAACAACCUGGCUCGACGUGGCUUCCGGGCCUAUGCUUGGUACCAGCUCAUCGACUUUCUCGAUGCCUUAUUGCCUCCCUUCGACCCUGCGCUGGUUCCGGCUUCGAGCUUGGUGAGACCCGCCCCACGCCCGCGGCUGCUCCCAUCGCUGGAGAAACUCCGGAUCGACUUUGUCAACUUUGGAGAGGACCUCUUCCAGUACCCACCUCCUCAGCUACACGAUCUGGCUUCUCACCAGUUGGGAUGUAUUCUGAAUGAGGUAGUUCUGACCGGUGUCCCUACUGAUGAGUGCGGAUUGCGAGUGAGCACCGAACUUUCGGGGCUGUUGAGAGAUGAAGGCCUGCUCAUCGACCACGCCCCCACCAUGGUUGCGGUCAAGAACAAUCUCCGUAUGCUGCAGUGCGACGCGGACCAGUGUCACUAUUCGUCCAAGGUUGUCAGAGCCAUGCGCACGGUGAGCGACUACCAUCACCAUCACUUUGACGAUGAUCAUCGUUAUGCUGGCCUGGACUUCCCUCCCGCACCCAAGGACGAGGGCGAGCCGCCCCUUUCCGAGUUCCAUUCUUGCCGAACGAUCUGGAAGAAGGUGCCCAAGAAGUUGGAUGGGAACGACGAGCGCAAGUGGGAACUGUUCGAUAGGGUCAGCGGGAUGCCUUGGGAGGACAUUCAGGAAGAGGCGACCAUGUUUGACAUGAUCGACGACGACGAGGAAGGCAUUACAUGCGAGAACUGUGGCGAGGUUCACCCCGGUGCCCUUCUCCCGGACGAGCUGAUGGAUCUCUACGACGACCUGGGCUGA